AUGCCUGUCCAUCUUGCACAGAUGAACGCUCUGGAGCAGGACGAUCCAGUGACAUGGGAAGCGUUAAAGGCAGGAGAGUUUGUUGUUGCAAAAUCCGAGGUCCCCUUCACCUGCCUUUUCACCGACCAGACCCUGGAACAAAAGAUCAAAGAAUUAAAGCGUCAUGGCGCAAUGGUUGGAUUAAGUCAAGAUGAAACUGGUUUGGACCGACUAGUCACCACCACACCUCAUCUUGCUCGAAUUGUAAAGCAGUACCUCAACAGUUUUCCUAAAGUAUCCAGUUCUUCUCAUCGUAAUGAACACUACCAGCUUUCCGGAUGUGUUUCUAUACGGUCAAGAGAAAACGCUCUAAAGCUUCGUCACUCCAUCGAAUUGCAUUGCACAGGGAACCCGUUUAAAGAAAUAUCUCCUUUGAAGAGCUUGGUUUCAUCAGUUCUUGUGCCAGAAGAUGCAAAAGACAAUAUUCUGCACUUUGGCGAGAAAGGUCAGAAACGCUUUGAAGAGUUCGUCCGUGAACGAUUGCUGCCCACAUCAAAACUCUCGGUUUGGGACUCAAUGAAGAAAUUCAAACUAAAGACCUUUUCGAAUUGGAUGGCAAAAACCAAGGUCCGCGUUGGUGACAAGGUGAUCAAAUUACGCAAGGAAUGUGAAUUGCUCGGCAGAUGUCUUAUCAUCCAAGGAAGCCAACCGGAGCUGGUUCCCAAACUGGAGGAAACUACUGGAAAGUAUGAGAUGUCAGUUGUUCCACGCUCGCUGUGUGCUGUAGAUGGUUCUCUCUAUAUUCCAACCAACAAAGCCAGUCUGAUGCACGCUGUUGAAGCAGUCGAAGCUCGCUCGCCAGUUCAAUCUGCAGCUUUUCUCGAUGUAGCGCCUGUUACCGGCUACUUACUCCGAGUUCUAAUUGUUGACACCAUGGCUGUGGUUCAGAGUAUGAAAAAAACACCGACCAUGAAGAAUCUUUCUAACCUUCAAGAAGUGUUUAUCAAGGGGAUGGUUGUUGGCUACGAUGAAUGUGGAGUGGUUUUUGACCGUUAUCUGGAUCAGUUGCUGAAAAACAAGACCCGUCAGAAGAGAGCAACAACGCCAAUAGAAUUUGAGAUAUAUCCAGAGAUGAAGCUCACCAUGUCUCUGAAGGAGAUUCUGUCUUCGUCAAAGACCAAGAGUAGCGUGACAUCUAUGUUUGCUCAGGGCUUGCUAGAACACUUUUCCAAUAACAGUGCAUGCAAAUUAGUUGUGGUGUAUGGUACUAAGAUCAAAGGCCAAUAUUUUGAAGAAUACCAUUCACACGAAGAAGCAGAUACAUUAAUUCCGCACCAAGUCCUAGCUACUAUGGCUGACAGUCAUUGCUGA